AUGACCAACUCCUGUUGCUCCCCUUGCUGUCAGCCCACCUGUUGCAGGACCACCUGCUGCAGGACCACCUGCUGGAGACCAAGCUGUGUGACCAGCUGCUGCCAGCCCUGCUGCCAGCCCAGCUGCUGUGGCUCCAGCUGCUGCCAGCCUUGCUGUCAAACCACCUGCUGCAGGACCUGCUUCCAACCCAGCUGUGUGAGCAGCUGCUGCAGCACACCCUGCUGCCAGCCCUGCUGCUGUGUGUCCAGCUGCUGCCAGCCCUGCUGCAGGCCCAGCUGCUGCCAGCCCAGCUGCUGUGAGUCUAGCUGCUGCCAGCCCAGGUGCUGUAUCUCCAGCUGUUGCCAGCCCUGCUGCAGACCCAGCUGCUGUCAGUCCAGCUGCUGCAAGCCCUGCUGUGAGCCCUUCUGCCUGAACCUGUGCUGCCAGCCAGCCUGCUCUGGACCUGUGACCUGCACCAGGACUUGCUACCAACCCACAAGUGUCUGUGUGCCUGGAUGCCUGUCCCAAGGUUGUGGAUCUAGCUGCUCCCAGUCCUGCUGCUGA